CAGCGGCAAUAAUUGCUGUCACGUCUUGGUGCGCAUAUGCUGCCGCGAUGCUCCGCCAUCCAACCACCAGCGACAAUCCCCACUUACUAGAACGAUGGUAAAAGUAAAUGUCUAGCACACCAGAUAUCAACCGUAUCAUCGCGCGAUGUAGAUGGGGUUCAAAUGUUAUGAUUUAUUAUCAAUAAAUAAUCAGAUUAAGACCUUUAGAGAGAUGAGACUUUGAAGUUUAUUUUAAAGUCUCUAUGCAAUGAUUGCCGAAGAUUUGUCAGAGCUCUGCCGCCGAAAAUGACAGUAGGUGAAUCGUUCCAGAAAAAAGAGAAUCGAUAUUUUGUUGCGAUCAUGAUCGAGGCUGAUUAAUGGCGCCAGCGUUAGACCAUGUCUUUUUCGGUUCGAGCGUUUCUUUUCGAAAAUACAACUUGCAGGAAACACGUUUAAGGUGAUUUCAAGUGGUCGUACUUCUUGAUAGAAAACAAAGUGGCUAAAAAAAAUGGGAACCGUUUGAUGGUGCACAAAGUGCACAAUGGAGGAGGAACCCCUUCAAGAUGAUAAAAAGUCUGUGAAGUCGAUGGAAGGAGCGAUUAUGGAACCGAGUAUAUCAUCGGAUGACGUAUGUGAUGGUCGCGCACGUGUUUCCGGUCAGGAAGAGUUCACGUGUUCCCUCUACAUCUCGCGUGCUGUCAGUCCUCAAGGCCAAGUGCAAAGAACGCAAGGUGGUGAACUGCUACAUUCCAAUCUCGAAGAAGUAAUUCGCGCGUCUGAUCCUUCGGCGGGAUGGCACGUGUCUGAAACUCCUUGCGGUCUGAUCGCAGCGUUCAAGCGGGAAACGGAUGCCGAGAAACUUCUGCAGCGUGGCGAUUUGGCGCGAGUUUUUCAAGGACCCAUACAAGUAGCUCGAUUCUCGGCGAAGGACUCUCGUUACAGACAAGCGGUUCUUUUACGCGAUGUACCCUGGGCCAUACCUUUGCAAGACAUAAAUUCUGCGCUGGCGAAACAAGGAAUUGCAACCGGUAGCGUCGAACGUUGGCGACAGUAUAUACGUGUUGAGGUACUCGACGCAGGACAUUACGAGCUAUUGUUACGUCAAGGCUUGGACUUUUUCGGCGCAGCUCGCUUUACCGCGGUUCCCGAACGCUGGUGGCGUGGCGGGACUGGAAACGUCGGUGGACCGCUGCAGACUGGUCUAGGAAUCGUCAACAAUCUUUUCGAGGCGUCAAAUUUCCAGACGGGAGACAGUGUUCUGCAAUGUUACCGGUGCCAAGGUUUUUGGCAUAUGGCCGCCAAUUGCAGACACUUACCACGUUGCGUUCGAUGCGGUGAACCGCAUAGCGUCGAAUUUUGCCCCAGGCCUCGAAACAAUCCUAUUUGUUGCCACUGUUCUGGACCCCACCAUGCCGGUACUAUGCCACUAUGUUAUAGACAAUGCCCAGUUCGCCAACAACUUUCGAACGCUACGCCGAUUAGUAUCACGCUGAGCACUACUCGGAUUGGGAACCAGUACCCGGUGAAUGGAGCCUCGAAGACUACCGCCUCGUCGCACGAACAACAGCCCUUAAAAUCGAGCUAAUUUAGAAAUUGUAUUCGCAAUUCAGGGAUCGUAAAUUCUUCGUUUACUCCCCAGGUGUUCACCGCUCAUAAACUUUCCCAUUUACCUAUUACCCCAGUGAGAAGAAAUUUUCUAAAUUGACAAGUUAAAAUAACUGUGAAUUUAUAAAACACGGAAAAUUCAGGAUAAAAUAAAUCAUUUGUAAAAAUAGAAGUUUCCGCGGGUUAUUCCUGACCACGAGUCAACAGGUGUUUCGAAAUUCUAUGUAAAAUGCGUGUAACGGACCCAACCUCGCGGAUUCUAAUUUCCCUGAGAUAUCUGAAACGUCCCGUGUAUACUGACCAUGUACUAGUCACAUAAUUCUCUACUCUUUGUCCCACUUUCUUUGUCCUAGUCUUCUCGAAUGUGGGCUCUCCCUCCGUUUGUCAGGUAACACCAUGUAACUUCGCGACAAAAUAAGAAACGGUGGGGAAGCUACGAGUGUAUGGACUUGUAACGCAUGUGGAUCGAUGAGCAUACUUUUAUCAUGGCCAUUGGCGUAGUUGGAUAGGGACCGGAGUGGGCCCGGCCUCCAAAAAUGCGGAGGGACCUCUCCAUAGUAACAAACACACAGAACAUAAGAUACUUUAUUACAUAUUAUAAAUGUAGCAAGUUUCAAAGUUACAAUUUUUCAAAAUCUAGUAUUUGUGAAAGCACAAAAAGGUGCUAAGGUGUGAAACGUUAACGUUAUCAGUGAAAGAACCGGACCCACCCAUUAGAUAAAAAUUCUAGUUACGUCAAUGGGCACAGUGAUGAUAGGAGGGGAGACACGGUUCCCGCCACUUAUCCCACCACACACAGACCACUCCUUCAGGGAUCUUCUCAAACUUGCCGUGCUAUAUAUCCUGAUUCGAUCGUUCUGCCCGCCAAUGUUGAACUUUCUGACAGCGGCACUGUGCAUUAUAAAUAUGCAAGCCGUGUAAUUCGCAGGGACAUAUUUGUAUUGUCUCAACGUUCCGACUAUUCGUGGAGGUUCUCGCGAAAUUUCAGUGUGUUCUCGGCAGGUGUGCAGCAACGAACAUGCGAUCGAAUUAUCAAGAAUGACGAGAGAAGAAGAGACCGGUCAGGUACGCGUCCACCGUUUUCAUAUUGUGGAUGAUCUACAAGAUGAACUCGAUAAUUGAUUGAAGAAGCUAGGCCUUCAUAAUGGCAUACAUUUUUCAUUAUAAAUUGCUUUCUUUGUUAAACAGUGUAUAUAAGCCUGUCAACGCUUUUGCAUUAUUUACGUAACGCACGAUAAGUGUAUUUGAUACUAUGUAAAUAUGCAGACAACAACAUAAAUAUUUUUACGUUCAUCCUUA